AUGUCGCUCGGUCACCACGCCUGGCCUCCGGGUAAUGUACGCCCCCCGGAUGAACAUCAGGAUUUUCAGCGUCCUGUCAAUGGCUUGGUCAAAACGCUAUCAGGCUCGCGAACUCCUCAACCGCGCGGGUCUAUAAGCGCCGAGGGACCUAACCCCGGUAGUAUGACAUCGGAGCCUGAUAUCGCCGCAGACGAAGAUCCGCGCGUUGCUCAAUUUCGCGAGCUAUUUCGCAUCAGCGAGGCGAAAAUCAACGCGCUCUUCACCGGUGGUUCUUCGAAGGACGAGGUGGCCGCCGCGAAGCCAAGCCCCGACGGAUCCUCAAACCAGACCGAACGCGUCGAUGCGCCGGCAACUGCUUCUAAGGUGCCCGCAAAACCCGCCCGCAAACUCGACGAUGACUAUGAUGACUAUGAUGACGACGAGGAAGAGGACGAUAGGAUAGCUCCCCCCGCGAAACCGAGAGUCAGCCCUUCGUCCCAAGAUGCUACCAGCGCCGCGCUAUCGGUCCAGCGACCCGGAAAUAGUGAAGGGACCAAGGAAAAUAAAAAAGAAAGCGCGGAAGAGAUUCGUAAGAAGCUCGAACAGGACAAGAAGGCUACGGAAGAGGCCGUCAAGCACAGCUUCCACACCAUGUUCUAUACUUUGGAAGACGACAGGUACGCGAUGUUGGACCAGAAAAGGUUGGAAGAGUCUGAACGUCAAGUUGAGGCCGAGAUGGCGGGUCAAAAUUCUGGAAGCAACAACACGUCUGGCGGCUCGAACGGGCAUGGAAGUCUCAGUCAAACCAACCUCGGUGCCUCGAGCUUAACCUUGAAGAACCUAUUGGCGAGGAUCGAUCAAAAACGCGACAUGGUUGCGGCCUCUGAUGCGGAGCUUCGCAACUUGAUUCGCGAAGUACGCAAGAACCGUAGCAAGUGGUACAACGAGGACAGGAUUGGUCAGGAGGAGCUUUAUGAUGCCGCCGAGAAGGUCUUGAACGAGCUCAAAGCUAUGACUGAGAAUUCUGGUCCCUUUUUGAACAAAGUCAAUAAGCGCGAUGUCCCUGAUUAUCAUUUGAUUAUUCGGCAUCCGAUGGAUCUUGGGACGAUGACGAAAAAACUCAAAGCCAUCAGCUACAAAUCGAAGCAGGAGUUUGUAGAUGAUAUCAAUCUCAUCUGGGCAAAUUGUCUCAAGUAUAAUACCGACCCUAACCAUCCGUUGCGGAGGAAGGCUCUGGUGAUGAGAAAGGAGACCGACAAACUUGUACCUCUGAUCCCGGAUAUUGUGAUAAGAGAUCGUGCCGAGGUUGAAGCUGAGGAACGUCGCCUGCAACUCGCUGAAUUGGAAGAUGGCGGCGAGGAAAGUGACGACGAGCCGAUCAUGUCUUCGCGCGGACGGAAAGCUCCUGGCAAAAAGGCAUCUCAAAAGGGAACAGCCCCAUCUCGCAGUACUCCUAGUGGCUCUGAGGGUCCCGCUGGUGCAUCCACGAACCAGCCUGCAGGGCCGAUCCGAGCUGAUUCGGACACAGCAAUGGAAGCAGGCCAGAAUGGCCUCUCAACUCCGCCUCAUGGUUCGAACACCCCCUCGGAUCCCGCGGGGCUCGGCGCAGGUGUAGUCCCUAGUCAUCUAGGGGACUCGAUGGAGAUUGACGGGCAGAACCCAGAUCAAGCUGCCCUGAGUGCGCUUUCAGCGCCUGGGGGCGAAUUUGAAGACCCGGAAUAUAAGGUUUGGAAGCAGGUCACCAAGAAAGACCGUGCUCUUAUUGCUGCUGAGAGACAUCGACUUCUCAAAGGUGACAAGCUGAAUCCCGACGAGCCGGCUUUGCUCAGGACGAAGGCUGGAAUGCGUCGAUGGCUUCGUCAUGAAAAGCAAGCUGCAAGCGAAGGCGAGAAGACGCAAGACGAAGGUCCCGGGGCCAUCGAGCCUGAAGCAACUGGUGCCUCGCUUGCCGAGGGAAUUGAAGUUGAGGAAGACAAAAUGAUUCCGUAUUAUUAUGACGUUAUGCACGGCGUACCGGACCUCCCAGCGCGCAUCGCGUGGAAGGAAGAUGCCGAUGGAAAUAUUGUGGAUCCUUCCGAAGAGUUCCUACGUGUUCUUCCUCCAGGCAGCUUCAUCCAACCCGAUAGCAAGCUUUCGCGGAAAAUAGAUUCCAAUAUGCGGCAGAUGCAAGAUACGCGCAAGAUUUGUUCUAAAAUUGGCAUCGUGAAGCAGAUGCAGCUUCAGGCUCAGAUGUACGCAAACCAGUUUCAAAAAUAUAACCCCGAACCGUUCGUGGAGCAGGAUAUUCCCCCCCACGUCAUGAACGAUGAAGGCCCCAUCAUGACGACUGGCGUGUGCAGAGCCGCGCUUCAGCGGUCCGUCGCCAAGAUCUUCUACCAUGCCGGAUUUGAGGAAUAUCAACCUUCGGCGAUUGAUGUGGCAACGGAUAUUGCCGCCGAUUAUUUCCACAAAAUUGGACAGACAAUCAAGUCCUAUAUGGAAACGCCCAAGGUGCCUGUGACCGAAACCGAGGACCCGUCAUCUACAACCGAGUGGAAGCGCGCAUACAGCGAACCUGAGGUAGUUUUGCACACUCUUGCUGCUGUCGGGAUGGAUAUUGAGGAACUGGAGCUUUACAUUAAAGAUGACGUGGAGCGGCUGGGCUCAAAACUCACGUCUGCUCACGAUCGCCUCAAGUACCUCUUCACUGAGCUUCUCCGCCCAGCGUUGACGGAUGUGGGCGAGGACGGCUCCAAGGCGUUUGCGGAUGGCAGUGAUCAGUUUGUUACGGGGACCUUUGCCGAUGACAUCAACGACGACUUCCUGGGAUUCAAGGAGCUGGGCCUGGACGUUGAAUUUGGAAUCGCCUUUAACAGCGUGCCAUUGCAUUUGCUCCCAAGCCGUAUGUUCAGUGCAGCGCAGGCGCAGAACACCACUGCCAUUCAAACUGAGGACAUGUUUCCGCCACCUCCGCCUUACGCGCGAAUCACCACUGAAAAUGUCGGUGAACAGAUUGGUCUGGUCCAGCAAUUCUUCAAGGGCAAGCUGGAUGCUAACGGGGAUGAACCGCUUGUGGAAGAUCUUGAGCUUCCUCCCAAGCAACGGCCUAUGCCAGCCAAGACCCGAUUGCCCGCUUCAGGCAAGAUUCCAGCACCGGCAGGCCUCUCAAGUAACAACAUUUCAAGCCCCCAGAAACGGCCUGCACCGCCCAAUGCCACCAUAUCUAAGGUUGGCCCUGUCGAGCCGAGCAAGAAGAAGGCCAAGAAGAACAGCGGGGGACCGCUUGAUAUGCCGGGCUUCGCCGAGGGUGAUGUCGACGCGAUGGAUGUGGGUGACAUCAAAGAUCUCAACACCUCACUGGAAGGCGCCGGAAUUCCAGAGGGGGAGACCAGUACGGCACAGGAAGAUCCCACAACCGCGCCGUUGACCAACGGGACUAGCGCGUGA